CAGCAGGACUGAAGGGACACGAAGGAGUUGUUACAGUGAUUUGGUGACAGUUCUUCAAACAACAGUGUCUUAAGAAAAGGUGGAUCGAGAAACUCGUGAACUUUUGGGUUGCAUUAAGUGAGAAAUCAGCAUGGCUCAGGCAAGUCUCCUGGCUUGUGAAGGCCUAGCAGGUGUGAGUUUGGUUCCCACUGCAGCCAGCAAGAAGAUGAUGCUGAGCCAGAUUGCCAGCAAGCAGGCCGAGAAUGGAGAGCGGGCAGGUAGCCCUGAUAUGCUGAGGUGCUCGAGUCAGAGCCACCGAAAAGACAGCGAUAAGUCCCGGAGCCGCAAAGACGAUGACAGCUUGGCUGAGGCCUCUCAUUCAAAAAAGACUGUUAAAAAGGUGGUGGUAGUGGAACAAAAUGGUUCUUUUCAAGUAAAGAUUCCCAAAAAUUUUGUUUGUGAACACUGCUUUGGAGCCUUUAGGAGCAGUUACCACCUCAAGAGGCACAUCCUUAUUCAUACUGGUGAGAAGCCAUUUGAGUGUGACAUAUGUGAUAUGCGCUUCAUCCAGAAGUACCACCUGGAGCGUCACAAGCGUGUACACAGUGGGGAAAAGCCUUACCAGUGUGAACGGUGUCAUCAGGCUUUGCUCCGUGCUCUUAGGUUGAAUCUGCAGAACACUAGAAUGAAAGCUCCAGGAGGCAGAGACCUUGUCCCUCUGGUUCUCCACUCUGUCCUCAGCCCCAAGAACUGUACCUGCCUUGAGAUAGAUACUCAAUAAAUAUGUGAUAAAUGAAGCAGCCACUCUGUGAGUAGGUACCUUUAGCCCAUUUUACAGAUGAGUGUACAGAUUCAGGGCUGUUAGAUAACUUGCCCACGGUCACAUGGCUACUAAGCACUAGGCCAGAAUUGAGACUUCAGAGCUUGCAUUCUUAACCACUGUGCACUCAUGCCGUCUAUGUACGUGCCAAGGGGGUGUAGAAUGGGAUGUGUGCCUCUCCCGUGUGGGGAAGGCAGCUCUAGCCAAUAGUAACUGAGUGAGUUUCUCCUCUCAGGCACUUAACCCUCCCUUUCUUCUCAGUGUUUUUCUCGGACAGAUCGAUUACUCAGACACAAACGGAUGUGCCAAGGGUGCCAGUCCAAGACUUCCGACGGGCAGUUUUCUCUAUAGGCGCAAGGGGCCCCGGGUGGUGGGAGUGAUCAGAAGAUUCUACCGAAGAGCGCACCCCUCUGGUCUGAUGGUCCCACCACCACCCCGUCUGUACCUGUCCCCCUCCUGGAGGAGUGGACCCAGGAGACCAGAAGAGUGCAUCGGGGACAGCAGGCCCCAGAGCUUCAGCUCUGUAAAUAAUCUGAGACUAUGAGUAUCUCGGGGAAGUUCCUUCAGCAUUCCUGGGUAGGGAAGCUAGUCCCUGGACCCUUGUCUGAGGUCUUAGGUGGGGACUAAAGGUACAGGACCAAGACUGAAGUGUGGCUCCCACAACCUUGGACUCCAGCUGGCAGCUGAAGUGGAAAAGAUCGGGGAGAGGGAUUUGUUUGUUCUGUUCUUGUUUUUGUUUAUCCAAAAACGAUUUCAGCAGGUGCACUGUGGAAACAGGUAAUAUGGAGGUAUAGAGUCCUGGUCAAAGUAGGGACUGUGGCUGGUCCAGCCCUCCCCCAAAAUUGAGUUUUUAGUUGCAGUUGAUCCUCAAUGUUCCACAGCCCUGUACCUCAUCUCCUGUUUGAAGGAGAAUAGGAUCAGGGAUGGCAGCUGAGCUUACUUUGGUCUCCUUAUACACUGUAGGGACAAAAGGAAGAACAGUGACAGGAGCAGACAAGGGCUGGAUCCAAGAAGAGUGGACAGGUACCUCUCAUUUCCUUCGGGGAAGAGCAAGAGUUGUGGCCAUGGCUGUUGUAAUGGCCCAUGCCACACUGGUACCUAAUGGGGUCAGUUCAAGUGCCUUCUGGAGGAAACUUGGGUGAGAGUGGCCCCUUUCCUUUCUCUCUUUGGGCAGUUGGUCUUGGAGACAGUUUUUGGCUACCUCGCUGAUAUUGACUCCUAAGCCAGACAGAUGUUGAGCAGGAAGUCAUGGAUGUCAAAGUGGGAUCUCUCUCCUUGUGCCCUCUUAGGAGCAACCCAAGACUAGCCCCAAGUUGGGUAACAGCUGUUGAAGAAAUGAAAGGAAUUUGGUGUCCCCUGACAUGACUGUUGGGCAGUGUGAGCUCUUCUCCCUGCCCAAGUCCUAUCACUGUAUUCAGGUAGAGGAGAUAGGGGUCUGGCCUUCAGUCCCAAAGAACAAGGUCUUGGCUUCCUUCUUGAUGGCCGUCCCUACCCAACCAAGAACUGCAGGGCGUGGGGAUGCUGCGGAGAAAAAACUGAGGAGGAAACCUAACGUAGGUUUUACUCUUAACUGUACUCUUUGCUCCUCUCUGCUCCGACCCCACCACCCUGUCCACCCCCCAAAAAGCGAUCGGGGGUGCGGGGUGUGGGUGUGUGGGUGUGUGUGUGGUAUGUGAGUGGUUUUGUAUGCUUGGAGAUGGCAUAUUAUUGAGCCAAACCCUUCUCUAGCCCUCAGCUCAGGGGAGGAUGAGCGUAAAGCAGCCUCUCCUGACCACCUCCCCCACCCCAGCAAAUCUGAAGGGUGCUUGAGGUCCCAAGAGAAGCUGAAGAACUCAACGUAGGGGACUGGAGGGCUUUGUUCUGGAGGGGUUUUUUAAGAUUGAUUCCACAGACUGGUGGUUAGGGUGUUUCUAACCCAAAUCAGGGCUUGUGAAUAUGAAUUUUCUGAAGUGAAAUAAAAACCCUCUUCCUGCUAAGGAAAGGAUCCUUAUGGGAGGUUCUGGGGUUUGGUUGACUCCCAGGCUGCGGCCUGCCCUGACCUGUGGGGAGGAGGGGUGAGUAAUUACGGAAGAAUCAUGGAGACUUGACUUGGUGAACCUGACCAAGCUGUCUGUGGGGAUCUGAGAUGGCAAUCUCCAGGAAGUGAUUUCAUUUCCCAGAAAAAUGUAGGCAGUAGCAGCAGCAGACUCCUGGCUGUUACCUAUUCUGGAGGAAAUGGCGGGGUGGGGGUCUCCAUACCCCUGAGGUGUGAGGAUUUCAGGGAAAAAGAAAGGAGGCGUGACACCCUUUAGAUCUUCCCUGACAGCAUCCGAGAUCCUGUGGGGGAGACGCUGGGGAAUGUGUUUGCUACCUGCGCUCUUCUAGCUCUGUGCUGGCACUCCCAUUUAAUGUGGGCCAGAAACUAGACGCGAGUCCUUGGACCUGCCCUUGGUCCCUGCAAGUAGGGCAUCUUUCUGCAUGUGAGCCAGCCCCCUCCCUGUUAGAGGGCUCUGCUGGGGGCUGGGAUUUGUCUAGGAUACAUUUAGAAAAUUCUGUCCUUCCAAACGCGCUUUUGAAAGUGGGAGGCUUUGCUUCCUGUCACCUGCGGCUAAUCUGUUUAUGGUUGGGGUGAGUUGGGGUAUGUGUGGAGAGAAUCACACGAGUGAUCUGUGCCCCUGAGUGUGCGAAUGUGUGUUUAGGUCCAGAUGUGCCCUGGCCCUUUGCAGACCUUGGCUUCCUGCCUGGGUGGGCGGGAGAGAGGGAACUUCUAAGCGAAUGUGCAAAGAGCCAUACCAGAACCACCCCUGCCGAGGACUGGGUGAGGGGAAACACAGGAGCAGGUGGUCAGCUCAGUUGUCCAGGUGCUGUUGUUCUGGGGCCAUGGAUGCGUGAGGAGAGAGGAGCUGAGAGUCCAAAGGAGCGAUUUAGCGCCCAGGGAGCCCAGGAGUCCCACUUACACCCCAGGGAAAUCACAGACCAAGACCGCUGCAAAGGCUCCUGGGCCCAAUGUUCCACCCCACUGCUGGGUGGGGUCUAGCACUGGAAAGCCGCCUCAGGUGUGUCUGGAGUGAAGGGAGAGGGAGGUAGGGCCGGCUCUCAGAGACCAGGACACGGGAUUCAGGGACCUGGGAAAGAGUAGCGCCAGUUCCUAGGUGGGCUCCUGUACCAGGUCCCACCAGCCCUGCCCUUCCCAGCACCCCAAGUCUUUUCCGUCCACCCCCCCAAUAGCCUCUUGUCAUCACUUAGCUACUGAUUGUGCCCCCAUGGCUUGACAUUGGAGGGUUAAAUGAGGUGUGGAGUCCGCCACAACUUUUAACCCUCUCCCCAGAUGUUCUUUGCCUCUAUGUGGCCCUGGGGCUUUUAUCUUAAUCCCUCCUACCCUACCUUUCCUCUCCAUCCUCUUUUUUUUUUUUUAAUAUACUUAUUUUGCUAUUGGGGGAGGGGAAUAUCAAAUGAACAAGAUCACUUUUAAAUGGUAGUUUUUAUAAAAUGUUAUAAACUUGUAUCUUUUUACCAUUAAAGUGCAGUGUAUGUUCCUUCGUGAUAUAUUUAGGAUAUUUAAAUAAAAAGAAAAUGGGGCUUUUGUA